AUGAUGGACAUUCAGACCAACCGUGCCUACCAAAAGCAGCCGACUCUCUUCCAAAACAACGAGAGGGUCCUGCUUGGAGAAACUUGCAAGGAGGAGCUCGUGCGUUACUACAAGGAUAUUGGUCUGGGCUUUAAUACACCCAAGGAGGCCACUGACGGUAUCCACGUUGACAAGAAAUGUCCCUUCACUGGUAACGUCUCCAUCCGAGGGCGGAUCCUGUCUAGGGUGGUGACCAAGAUGAAGAUGCAGAGGAGCAUUGUCAUCCGCCGCGACUACCUCCACUACCGCUUCGAGAAGUGCCACAAGAACAUGUCCGUGCAUCUGUCCCCCUGUUUCAGGGAUGUCCAGAUCGGCGACAUCAUCACGGUGGGCGAAUGCCGACCCCUGAGCAAGACCGUGCGCUUCGACGUGCUCAAGGUCACCAAGGCUGCCGGCACCAAGAAGCAGUUCCAGAAGUUCUGA